AUGAACUUUCCCGUGCCAAUGCUUGGCACUGUGCGCUCGCUGGAAGAGCUGGCGGACGAGCAGCUACGGCAGCGUCGCUCCUUUAUCAUUGAGACGUACGGCUGCCAAAUGAACUCGGCCGAUUCCGAGAUCGUGCGUGCAAUUCUGCUGCGAGACGGCUACGUGCCCGCACGCACAGUGGAGACGGCGGACAUUGUGCUGAUCAACACGUGCGCCGUGCGUGAGAACGCUGAAGCCAAAGUGUGGAACCGUCUCGAGUCGCUGCGGCAGACGAAAGCCAAGCUCUUGCGCUUGAAACACAAGGACGUGCAGACGGUCGGCGUGCUGGGCUGUAUGGCCGAGCGCCUCAAGACGAAGCUGCUCGAGUCCGACAAGAUGGUCGACUUGGUCGUGGGCCCUGAUGCGUACCGCGAUAUUCCCAAUUUGCUGCGAGUGGUGCACGGCAGCGGCGAAGCUGCUGUCAAUGUCCAGCUGUCGCUCGACGAGACGUACGCGGACAUUGCACCCGUGCGUGCAGAUCCUCACAGCCCAUCGGCUUUCGUGUCGAUCAUGCGUGGGUGCAACAACAUGUGCUCUUACUGCAUUGUGCCGUUUACGCGUGGACGCGAGCGUAGCCGCAUCAUGAGCUCCAUUGUCGACGAGGUGCGUGCGCUGAGUGAUCAGGGCAUUAAGGAGGUUGUGCUGCUUGGCCAGAACGUCAACUCGUACCACGACAAGAAGUCUGAAGGUGCUGCGGAAAAAGGACGCGGCUACGUGUCGUCUGCUGGGUUCAGCAAUAUGUUUCGCUCUCGCGACGCACCUGGCUUCCGCUUUGCUGACCUGCUGGAUGAAGUGUCACGCGUAGAUUCCGAGAUGCGGCUCCGCUUUACAUCGCCUCACCCCAAGGACUUUCCGAACGAAGUGCUGGACCUCGUGAAUGAACGGCCCAACAUUUGCCGGCAGAUCCACAUGCCGGCUCAAAGCGGCAGUACCACGGUGCUGAAACGCAUGCGUCGUGGGUACUCGCGUAUGGCCUAUCUAGAGCUUCUGGACAACAUGCGUGCUCGUAUUCCUGGUGUAGCGAUAUCGUCCGACUUUAUCGCUGGGUUCUGUGGUGAGACGGAAGAGGAGCACGCCGACACGAUCUCACUGAUGCGCCAGGUAUGCUACGACCAGGCUUUCAUGUUUGCCUACUCGGUUCGUGGCCGUACGCACGCGGCACACCAUAUGGUAGACGACGUGUCCCAAGAAGACAAGCUGCGGCGUCUGCGCGAGGUCAUUGACACGUUCAGCGAGGUGGUCACGCGCAAGAACUACGUCGAGGACUCGGACCGUCUGCAUGUUGUACUUGUGCAGGGCGCCAGCCGCCGGUCCACGGAGGAUGACCCGAAGCUCACUGGUCUCACCGAUACAGGCAAGCGCUGCGUGUUUCCCGACCAGAGAAUGCCGGCCUCGCUACGUACUUUCGCCAAGCAGGCAGGCGAGUUGGCUCCUGACUUUCUUCCUCUGCAGAGUGUCGUAGCAGAGGGCAUCCACGCUGCUCGUGGCGACUACGUGCUGGUACGCGUCUGCGAAGCUGGACGCCACACCCUCCACGCCACCCCUGUGGCACGUACCACCCUGCAAGAGGUCGCACAACUCGUGCCGUCAGAGCUGCUUGGUGCGAGACCGCACUCGCUCGAAGCUCUAGAGCUCUAG